AACUGGACCGGUUAGGCAGCUUUCGGUACAGCACGUAUCAAGAACCCCGAACAUAACCGUGCCAGCGGGCUUACGAAACACACUAGAGCUCGUGGCAGACAGACAGAACAUCAGUGUGUGCUGUUUCGGGCACUGUUGGACGACCUACGCUGUAGGGAUAUAUUUUUUUUUUUGGUGUUUGUUUUCAUUACCUAACCUCAACAGCAUCCUUGGACACGCCGUGCGGAUUUCUCAUCUUAGCACGAAAUGUCACCACACACGGGAAGGUUUGUGCUGGUGCUGGUGUGCGUUAUCGGUGCGAUCGGAUCAUCUGUGGCAUUGAAUCUACAAGAUACAUGUCAAACACCUGACGGCAAUGAGGGCACCUGUGUGAUGAUUCGAUCGUGCCACUCGAUCCGGAAGCUGCUGCUGAUGAAGGAAAAAAUGACACCAGCAGAUCAUGAGUUGGUCCGUAAUUCGAACUGUGGCAAAAAGGAUCGUUCGGUACUUGUAUGCUGUCCGCUCGUACGCAAGCUGACCGGAAGAUUUGACACACCGGUUGAGCUACCGCCACCGGGUGAGUGCGGCAAAAUGCAAUCGGACCGUAUCGUCGGUGGUGAAACAACCUCGAUAGAUGCUUAUCCUUGGCUGACGAGAAUUCAAUACUACAAAGGCAAUAAUCGGUACGGAUUCCACUGUGGUGGAGUGCUCAUCCAUAACCAGUACGUUCUGACGGCUGCCCAUUGCAUUGAAGGUGUUCCAUCUAGCUGGAUCGUAUAUCAGGUCCGGCUGGGCGAGUUCGACACAACUACGGAAAUUGACUGCGUACAAGAGGAUUGUGCUGAUCCGGUGCGUGAUGCACUGAUCAGCGCAUAUGUAGUGCACCCGGAGUACUACAAACAGAACGGCGCCGAUUACAACGAUAUCGCACUGCUACAACUCUCGGAAAGUAUAGAAUUUACCGACUUUAUUCGCCCGAUCUGUUUACCGGUUGCGGCGGAAAGCCGUGAAGCCAAUCUGACCGGCAAGUAUGCAACCGUCGCCGGCUGGGGACAAACGGAAAACAGUAGUUCGAGCACGAAAAAGUUGCACCUACGCGUACCUAUCCUCGACAACGAAGCGUGCUCCGAUGCGUUCAGUUCAAUACGGCUGGAAAUCAUUUCUACCCAGCUUUGUGCCGGUGGCGAGAAGGGUAAGGAUUCGUGCCGUGGUGACUCCGGCGGUCCACUGAUGCGGUACGGCGAUGGUCGAUCGACGGCUAAGCACUGGUACCUGGUCGGUGUGGUUAGUUUCGGACUGGAGCAGUGUGGUACGGACGGUGUACCCGGUGUCUACACGCGUAUGAGCGAAUACAUGGACUGGGUGUUGGAGACAAUGGUGUAGCGGAAUAUGAAUCUUAGCUUCUAUAUCACACACCUGUAAAGGAAAUACAUUCCCCGGGGGCAAAACGUG